CGUGUGGAACAGCAUGGCGACAGUAGGCGAUUGUUCGAAAAUGCCUCAAAAAAGAAGCGCCGAGGAAAUGUCUUUGGACGAACCAACAGCUAAAGCCAUUAAGCUUUCAGAUGAUGCUUAUACUUAUACAGAUUUUAUCACAGAACUGAAAGACACAUCAACUUCUAUGAGCGCUAUAUAUAAAUUCACAACAUCAGCCUCAAAAUAUCCAGACAUUAGUUAUGACUUGGUGGCUCAUUACUGUGAAAAUUCCAAUGAUUUUGAAGAUCUUUUCUCUGUUCUGUUUUCUACUGAGAAAAAUUGUAAAGACGCUAUUCUUGUCUUUGAUGCUCUUCGCCUGAUUUUGAUUCGAAUUGCUAGUGACCUGAACUGCUAUCGGAAUCUUGGUAACAUGAUUGCUCAGAAACUUCUUACUGUACAUUUAGAAAUGUUGGAAAAUGUUUGCAAACUUGGCCAUUCUCAUGUGACAUCAGCCAUAAAACUUUUAACAACCAUUGUUGUUUUCAGUGAAACAACUGCAAAAUUAGUCAUAACUAACUUUCCUUUUGAUAAACCUGACUUUGUUAAAAAUAUAUUAAGCAGAAGAAAUAAAGCGGUUGAUGAAGAUGCACGUACCUGUUUUUUCCAUUUUAUAUCCUCAUUUUUGGUUACCAGGAGUGAUGCUGUUAUCAGUGAACUAAUUACUAAACACCAAACAAUUGUGAAACUGAUGUUUGAAGAAAUGGCAGUAGACAAGGCAUCUUCACUUAAAAUUUUUCUGCCCCUUGUUUUAGAAAAGAUUGUCAAAAAUGAUGUAAUUGGUAAAGGUCCCAAGGUGAAAAUAUUUAAAUUUCAUGAAUUAACUGGAUUGGUUACGUUAUACAAUUGGAUUGGUCCUGAACACUGGAAAAAAGUAGUGUUACAGAGAGUUAAAGUGAAAAAAUGUGAUAGUCCUGAAGAGCUUGAUAUAGUGCGAAAAUGUACACAUGAACUUCUCCUUGAACUUUUGACCUCUCCCCGUAAUGGCAUUAUAUUCUUUAAUAAAUCCUUUAGACUCUCUUGUAACAGAACCCUUCAGCAUAUUCUAGAAAAGCUUCUCAAGAAACCUUUCCUUCAGGAUCCAUUAAUGACUGAACUUAUUUGGAAAGCAUUUCAAGUUUGCCCUGAACAAAUUCAACCAUUCUUCCAGAAAAUGCAAAAAUGCUUCAAUUUUAAAGAUACUUCCAAUUUUUUACUCGUUAUUGAAUUCUUUAAAAAGGUUUUGGAAUGUCAGCCAGACAUCCUCACUCCUUUGAAGACAUUCAAAAAACUUCCUCUGGAGAAACUUGCUGAAAUGGUAUUUUCCAUUCUUAUACCACCUUCAUUCAUCAUAAAAGAGAUUGAGUGCAAUUUAAAAAAUCGUGAAUUACACAUUAGACAUGUUUGCCUGGAUUACAUAUUCACAUUGUUGAAGAAAUUAUCAAACAUCUCAAACUAUUGCACAUCAGGCACUUUUCUAGCCAACACCACAGUCUACAGUAAAGCAGACAUUGAAGAAUUCCAUUCACUUUUCAGAGCAGAAAUGAAGAAAUUGCUUCCAAGUACUGCUACUAUAUAUCAGUGUUGGAUAAAAAUGGACCAACCAAAACCUACAGAGACAGACACUAAAGAAAAUUAUUCAGACAAAGUUGAUCCUCUUGAACAUGUGGCACUCAGUAUGCAGAUAUUUUGCCUCUAUCAGUCUUUGAUGCCUUCUUCUCUGUCUGAUGCUACCUUUGGAGAAAUCAUAAUUAGAAUGCAGAAGCUUUUUAAUCUGUGGAAAGAAGACAAGGAAACUACUGAGGAAGACGACAGUGGUAAUAGUUAUUCAGUGUCAGAUGAAAGAAACCUGAAGAUUCAUUUGCAGACUAAAAUAAAAUUAUAUUUUUUCAAGAUAUUUGCUGACAUUGGUCUACGGUGGACAAAGAUUAAUGAUCUGAAGCAAGCUCACAUAUACAUUAUUCUGGAUUUGUUAGUAACCAUUCGAGAUCCUCAACUGCUUAUAAUCAACAAGUCAUUAGUAUGUCAGCUCCUCUACGAAACUGGUUUCUUUGCGGGUUUGGAAAAUGAGAUCCUUAUAUGGCUUGAUUGGCUGGUUCAUUUUAGUGCUGGCCAAGAAGGGGAUACUUUACUCCAGUUUGUGUCAAAUUUAUUUAUGGUUUAUAUUUCAAAUCCUUACACAUACAUUGACCAAGUGAUAAAUGUGAUUGCUAAGGCUCCCAAACUUGGAACUGAAGUCAGUGAAAAUGACAAACUAAGCACAUCUGAUCUUGAUGCAGUUUUAGAAAAUUUUAAUGAAGCUGAGUUAAAUGCGGCUGAAUCUGAAACUGUUGUAGCUGACAGCAUCAGAUUACCAUUCAGUCCUCUGAUUAUCAUUGCUUCUGAUCUGACAAAGGAAAUACCUGCAUCAAAAAAUUCUGCCUUGAAAAAUUUUCUAAGAUUCGUGUUAUUAGAUUUGUUCCAUGCUCAGUCGGAUCCACUGGCUCUUUGUUCUUUUGUGCUCAACAAAAAUAUCAAAGACCUCUGGUGGAUGAACAAAAGAAUUGUUAAUUAUAUCAGAUUGAUCUUACCAGACACAAAAUUGAAAAUAAAAACCAAUCCUGUUGACCUUGAAACUGCUGAAACAGAAACAUUUUCAGAUUUGUUUAAAACAUUCUACCGAAAUUCUUCUGUCUGUAUUAACAAUGAAAAAUUCAUAAAGCUACUACUGGAUUCAUUGAACUCCUUAAAUGUUACUGAAACAUUCAGGGCCUUCAAUCAGAAUCUAUUUUAUAUUAAAGUUUCAUUAAGCUGUUUUGCAAAGGGUACUGAAGUUUUACCUGAUGCCAGAAAAACUUUAGAACUUUAUUUCAAAAUUAUAAAGAAAAUAUUAAAUCAUUUAUUUGAAGCACUUUCAAAGGAUUCCUCUGUAAAUCCUUUAGAACAGUUUGCUCUGAAAGAUUUUGAAAUAUUUCAAAUGCAGAAGACUCCAGUGGGAGACCUCUUGAAGCAAGUCAUUGAUGUUCUCUCAUCUCAAAGCUCUUUGCUGUAUUGGUUUUUCUUUCUUGAUAAAAAUUCCUCAGAAUCUAAAUACACCAGUGAAACUUGCAGUUUUAUCAAGAAUCUUGUUACUGAUGAAUUAGUUCAGAUAUUUUGUCUUUUGUCUAAGGUAUCCAGUAAGAAAAAACAGAUCCUUCCAGAAGUUUAUAGCCUGAAAAUACUUCAGUCUAUAAAUAAUUUAUGUCAGCAGUCCAAGAAAAAAGGAGAUGUUAAAGCAGAUGAAUUAUCAUUUAUUUUUAGAAAUUUAAGUGACCUUGUUGAUACUCUUGAUUUUAUUAUCAUCCAAAAAAUUAUUACUACUUUUGUUCAAUCCAAAAAGAAUAGGGUAGUUUAUGAAGAUAGUUUGAAUAUUUCUGGUGAAACUUUAAUGAAGUUACUGAAUCAUUUAUUAACAAAUAGUAAAGAUGUGGACUUAGAAAUAACAAAUGUAAAUAUUAUUUUUCAUCUCCUGAAAUCCUCUAAACUGUUGAUGGGACUCUUUACGAGAUUACUUCUUUUAAAACCAUAUUACUGUUUAGUGUGCUCUGCCAAAACAUUUAAAUAUUUCCUCACUGUGGAACCUCCAAAUUAUUUAAACCUGGUUCAGAUUUUGAUGAAAUUUAAUCCAAAUUUAGAUCAGGUUUUUGUUGACUGGAUUCUGGAAGAUGGCUUGACUAAGGACUUUUUGGAAACAUAUCUUGAAGUGUGUAUUUCUUGGUGCCAAUUGCAGAAUGUACCACUUGAAGGUGACAAAAUAGUAUGUCUCAAGAAAAUCAGUAAGAUUUACCGUAAAUAUCUGUCUAAAUGGAUGAACCAACUGGGAACUGAACCAGAGGAUAGUUCUCACAAUACCAAAUGCCAUAAACUUUUACAAGAAUUUACUCGAUUACAUGUUUCUGGUUUGAAGCAUUUUGUCACAAUUGAAUCUUUCAAGGAGAUUGUUGACAGGAAAGAAGUCCUUACUAUUGAGCAGUUACGUUGCAUUUUGCUGAAUGUUCAAAGGCUGGAAAACGAGAACAGUGAAAUGAAUGACAUCUAUAGCACCAGGCUUGAAAUUUGUAUCAAGUCUUUUAUUAACAGUCUCAAUCGAAAGUCAGAUGGUGUUCAAACUAAGCAACUAGAAGCAUAUCUUCUGUCAUUGUUGGAUAAAUAUUUAAAGAAUGUGUCAACAGAGCAGUGUGAUGUUCUUAAAGCAACAUGGUCUUCAUUCAUCCAAAGCAGUCUAAGAUUCUGUUUUACUAACCCCGUGUUGUUGCAAAUCUUGGUCAAUGUUCUUCCCUCAAUGUAUUGCAAGAAAAACAAAACAAAUGUCUCACCAACCCUGAAAGAACUUCACCAGAUGCUUAUUUACCAUUCUGAGUUCAUGAACAUUAUGAUGGAAGGUAACUCGGGUGUAACAAAAGAACUUUUACUGGACAUUAUUCUGAGUAUCAUGGAGAUGGAACCAGAAUGCUGUGUUGAAGCACAUCUCAAUAUCUUUUUUGGAGCCUAUGGAGCCACCUUAUCUCUGCAAGAUCAGAAACUGUUGAAGAUCAUUUCACUUUAUGAGAAGAAUGGAAUCAAUCUUAAUAAAUUUAGGCCAUAUUUAUGGGGGACAAAAUUUAUGGAAGUCUAUGCAAUGAACAGAGAUUUACAAGAUCAUUUAAAGAUACAAGGCAGUGUCACUGAUGUAUUAAAUUUCAUUGACAAGAAUAAAAUGAUGAAUUCUGUUUCAAAUUUUCCUUUGGAGAGAAAACUAUGUCCCUCUACAAUUCUUCCUAUGGACAAACUACAGUCGUUAUCUACUUGUUAUGAUCCUAGUUUUCUUCUCCCGAUGUUCAGCUACAUAUUGGCACCAGAAAACCAACUGGAGUGUCUCCUCUUCAUUGAGAAAAACUGCUUCAAUUUUUGUAUCAUUGCCUUGAGUUGCUAUGAUGACGACUUGCGUGCAGCUGCAUACCAUGCACUUUUUCACUUCAAAGGUCAUUUGAUUAGCAACAUUCGGUUUUAUCUACGGGACCAAUUUCUUUAUGUGCUGAGAUUCCUAAAGAACAGUGUGAUCAAAGACAAUGCCCGAAUCCCUUUCGUAACAAGUCUGUAUUUAGUCAGAGUUUGCCAAGUUAUAUUAAAUAAAGGUCAUGACCUUUAUUUUUCUAUUAUUGGUUUACUUACGGUGAAGCCUUUCUUUGAUCUAUAUACAGUGCCAGAAUUUUCCCAGAUGUUUAAUUGUUCCUCACUUAUGCAUUACAGAGAAAGAAAAUGGAUGCUCUUUCUACUUCAUGAUGGUCUUCGAGGAAUGACAGAACAUAAAAUAUAUCAAAGACGUCAUGUGUUCAAGAUCAUCAUGUCUUAUGCUAAUUCUUCUUUAUGUGACGGGGGAAUUCAGGAAAUGGUGCUACGUAUACUAAUGCAGGCCUGUACAGAAAAGACAGCCAUUCUGAUGACACGUGAAUACGGCAUCCUAACUUGGAUUAAUUCAUUCGUUUCUAACGUGGAUCUUCAUUCACAGUUGACAGUUCUCAUCACAAAAUUAGUGGACAAGAUCUGGCAUGCUCUUCAGCAGAAGAACAAAUCUCAGAGUGACGACAAAGACUUCACAUUGCCAAAGCCAUUUUUUACUGAAAUGCAGAUCUUAUUAUUAAAUCUAUUGGAUCAUUUCAGAGAAGAGAGUGCUGGAACAGCAAUGAAAAUAUUUUUGCCACUAUUCAGUUCAGUUAUGGAACACAAGAAAAGGAUACAAUCACAAGAGGAAAGAACAGUAUCAUCAACAGAUAAAAAUCAUGGAGACAGUGAAGAAAAGAAUGAUGAUAGUAAUGGUCAUGAUGAGGAAGCUGAUAAGAAUCCAAGUCAAGAUGUUGGCUUAAUCACACAAAGAGACAUUCUUUUAUUACUAUUUCAAAGUCGACAACUUAUGCAAUCUACUCAUAUUUUUCAACAAGCUCUGGACAUUCUAAAACUCAAAGGAUACAAUUGUAGUUAUCUGACAGAUGUUCCCAAGAAAAAGAUGGUGUCAUCAACUCAAGAUACUACUGAAGAAACUGAUAUGGAUGAUUCCUCAUCUGUUAUCUCUGAGACGGAUGAGCUCAAUAAUAUGGAUGAUGUUUCAGAAGCAGAACAAAUUGAACUGACUAAAUCUCUUAUUAAUAUUUGUUUGGCUUGGAAGCCGUCUGUACCUAUUACUGAGAAUGCUAAAUUAGUUUUGACUCAAACAUUACAGUUAGUCAUUUCAUGGCUAAGUCAUGAGGUUUGCCACAAAGGGACCAUUAUUUUGUUACACGAUGUAUUAUUAUGGAUUGACAGAAUUCUUGAAAAUUGCAAUUCAAUUAUUCCUGAUCUUUUGACUAGUGAAAAUUCCACAAUUUCUGUAAGAAGCUUCCCUGAAAAUCUAUUAGUAUUUCAUGGAGGAAUUAUUUCUAUGAAAGUACCUGACAACAUUAACCAGAUGGAAAGCCGUCUGGAAUUAGAUUCUGCAUCUAGUGAAACUAUACAGAAAUCUCAAAAAUUACUUGCUAAGCUUUGCAAAAUUCUUACAGGUUUUGAAAUUCAAAACAUUACUGAUCAACCUGUUAAUUAUUAUCCAUUUUUAGACAAAGUUGUAAAUACAACCAUUUAAUAAUAGAAGAAAAAAAAGUUUUUUUUGAUUAAAAUAUCUGAGAAAUUUAUUUUCAAUAACAUUUUUAUAUUUCUA